AGCGCUCAGUGUAGUGUCAUGGCGUCACGUGGAAUGGUCAUCCCAUUGCAGCAGUUCCAUCAGAUAUCUUUUUUGCAUGGACUUGGAUAGUAUGUUUUUUGAUCUGUUAGAAUCUGUGAGUUUGUGUGUUCGCUGGGAUAUGUGCUGUUGUAGGUUGUGAUUAAAAGAGGAGGCUUGUUCAAUUUUAAAAGCAAAGGAGGUCGAAAGUGAAGCUUUUGUGGAGUGUUUCUUAGCAACUAGGCCUAUGCCCUACCCACGUAUUGAUUAGUCAAAUUGCAUGGAAGUGAAGACUAGCAUGCUUUGGUGCAAUGGACCGAAUCCGAAGUGAACAAAGUUGCCAGUGUAUAAUUUGGUGUUCCUAAAACCGUCACUACAAGAUCUGCAUCGUGGCCGACGGCUGAGUCACCAGCAGUUGAACUUUGAUCCCAAAGAAAAAUUUUCAUUAGUUGUGUGGCGUGUGACUCAUAAUCUGACAUGACGAGUGAUAGAAACUUAAUUUUCAGUACAAAAAUUGUGUUCUCCCCGGCUUCCAAAGCCUCACAUUUCCGAAGUUUGACACUUCGCGACUGUGUGAUGUAGCCUACUGUGUUAUUCUAUCAAAUUUUGUUGGAAAAACCAUUUAAAAGUUUAUAAAGAAUUAAUCCAAAGGAAGUUCGAUAUUUUCAACAAGUGUUGAAAUUUUAGAAUUCGGUGAAAGGAAGUCGAAAGAACAUGCAUUUUAUGACGGGUGGUCAUUUUGUUUCGGAGGUCGAAUGCGCCUCACACCAUGGGAGUGCUUGUGCGACGAGUACUUUUACUAAAUUCUCACAAUUCUCGUGUUGGUAGGUACGUUUAGACAGUGUCCAUUUCUACUCUGCGUUAUAUUGAACUGAGUCAUGGUGUCCCGUUACGGGGGUAGGAAGGAGCCGACAAUGCAUUGUUUCAUGUCUCACUGCGCGCCACAGCAUCCGCCUCCACCCCUCGGCCAAUUCCGCAUCAUCUCGACAGCAAACGCUACCAGACCAGAGGUUGGCUUCCAUAUGCCAGGUGCUGGGUUCCCCCAACAGCAAGGAGGGGCUGGUCCUCCAAGUGCACCCCAAUUGAGGGCUAUUCAUCAUCCACAUCACAGUGGUAACCCUUCAAUCCCACCUCCACACCAACAGCAGCCUCCUCCACAAGCACAGUCGCAACAUACUGGGGGACCCCAGGGCCCUGCACCAACUUCAACCCCUCCAGGACCUGCCGAAAUGGGCAAGCAGGGUCCACCACACAUGCAGGGUCAACCACCAAUGCAGCAGGGAGGGCAAAUGCCACUAAACUUCGUACCAAAUCAGACAAGGGCACAAGGUUCACAGCCCUUCUUCCCACGUGGUCCAGCACCAAGGAUGCCAAACCAUAGGAAUCAGGUUGUAAACAUGCAGCCUAAUAAUGUUGGGCAGCAGAUGUUCUCACAACAUAUGUCGAUGUCCCAGGUGCAGCAGAUAUAUGGGCAGGGUGUUAUGCCUGCUCAAAUAGCCACUCCACAGAUGUUUGUGCAGCCUCAGUUGUCUGUAUUUGCGAGCCAGCCAAGGCACCAGAAUCACACAGGAAGUGGAUAUUACCAGCAGACAGCCCCACAGCAAAUAUUAAUGACACCACAAGUAUACCAGAGUUACCAGCACCCAGCACCCUCAGCCCAGUAUUAUUAUCAAAGCCCUGUGGGUCUUCCAAGACCAAGUGGGGGUGUGACAGGAGCCCCCGGUCCAGGUGGUCUUGCUGGUGCAGGUAGUCAGCCAGUAAUGACUGGGGGUCCUCCUUCGGCACAGUUGGGUCAGCCUGGUGGCCCAGUUGCCUUGGGCAUUGUUCAAGGUCCUGGUGGAGUUGUGGGUGUAGGAGGAUUAGCUGGUGACUCUACCACAGCUCCAACCACGACAUCUGCGACGACAGGCAAGCAGACUAGGCGGAGAUAUGCCAUCGAUAUAAUUGAUCCAAAAACCAUGAAGAAUGUGGAUGUUUAUGAGGGCAGCGUUGCGUCUAGCGGCACACCGCCUCGUUCUGGAGAGUCUAGUGCUCGGGGAACACCCCAGCCGAACAUGGGUCCUGGUGCAAUGGAUGUUGCUGCAGAAUUUGCAGCUCGUGUGGCAAAGGCAGCUAGUGAGAAGUCAAGUCCACCACCUCCUCCUCCUCCACCUCCUCCUCCUGUUCCAUUAGUUCCCCAGACAGGACCUCCUGCGUAUUUGGAGUCCUCCCAGGUGGUGACAACAAAUGGACCUGAUCCCUCGGGUACGAACAGUAUAUCUUCAUCUGAGGGCAUGUCCCCUGGCAGUAUUCUUAUUCCAGGUGAUGCCCUUGCAAUUAGUAAACAGCAAAUUAUAGUUGUAGAUGAAUCAAGUAAUAUAACGCCUGUGGCUCCUCCCACUGUUUCCCCUGUGGCAGGGACGCCAUCAACUUGGAAGCAGGGCCAACUACCACAUUCACCUUCCACGAAUUUAGGCAGUAAACCUAGUGAUUGUAGUAAUAGUAAAAGUAACAUUAGCAACCAAGCGGUAUCAGACGAGAAAGUGGGUCUGAACAAAUUAGUAGUCGACCCUCAAGUGGUAGACUUUGUGCCCAGUUCGAGUGUUUCUGAAGUAAAGAUCUCUGCGGUGGCUGUCAAAGACUCAGAUAUGACACCUGUGGUGAGUGCUCAGGCAAAUGCUCCAACUGUCGAGGUAGUUCGUAGUAAUCGGGAACAGUUCCCUGCCCUGAAACCUUCUGCCCCUCUUCAUCAGUCUCCGCGGCGGAAACAGUCCCAACGUCCAGAGGCUGCCUCUAGUGUUCCUCAGGCAACGACUGUUGCUUUGAUUCCUUCCGCUCAGACCACACUUCCUCCCGCUUUGGCCACCUCUCGUGAGGUGGCACCCACAGCAGAAAUCAAGGUAUCAAAGAAACCAGCCCCAACAGAAGAAUCAACACCUUCGUCUGCAUUCCCUGUUACCCAGUCUCCCAAGGAGAAGCGGGACCAAGACAAAUCGCAUGGUCGUGAACGUGAAAAAUCCUCCUCUGUAUCGCAGAGUCGAGGUGAACGCGAGAAAUCUGCAUCUUCGUCAUCCUCUUCCUCCCAGCAUCAUGUUCGUGACAGAGAGAAGUCUUCCCGGGACAAGGAUAAACCCAGCACAGCCCCACAGGGUGGUCCCAAAGACAAUGACAAGUCUGCCUCAAAGUCUUCCACAACUGAUGCCACUCCUGUCCCCUCUCCCAUUGCUCCUAUUGCACCAGCUGUGGAUGCUGCAUCGACUCUACCCCAGCCAGAGCAGUCAGCUCCUGCCAGACCAGUCGCUACAGCAGAGGAAACAAAGCAGCAGACCAAUGGCGAAGUGCCAGCGGCAGACACAACGGAUGGUAAGGCUUCCCAUCGCUCAAAGCCAAAGCAGCAGCGUAACGUGAAGAUGCGUGACAUUAACCGUAAGGGAGCUGAGAAAGAAGGUGGCACAGAUAUGGAUGCUUUCACAGAGCCUUGUCCUGAAGAAGCUGCUCCUUUGACACCUCCUUCACUAUCUCCAGUUUCUCAACCCUCAGUGCCAGCAACACCAAACAGAGCGUCUGACAAUCAAAUAGUUCAGGAUGAGGAAACAGAAGCUGACAAAGAAGAGAAGCUGGUAGCAGCUCGCAAUGAAGAGAAUGCAAAGGUAUCUGCUGCAACUCUUAAAGAGGAUGUCGGCAAUUGUACAACACCUGUCAUAGAGAAUAUUCCUGCGGCCAAAUCUACUGUGCUUGCUCUCAGGCAUACUUAUAAAGAAGACCAAUGGAGUCCUCUGAAUCCAGAAGGAAAGAAGAAAUAUGAGCGGGAUUUCCUGAUGGAACUUCAGAAUGAUCCUCAAUCAAAGAGGAAACCAGAUAAUUUGCCUGAUCUUGAAAUAGUACUGAAAGAUAAUACAAAUCGGCAGCGUGUUAUAGAUCGGACAUUCUUUGGUAUGAAUAGGACUGUCCCUGACAGAUCGUCUCAUGAUUCAUUUACUCCCGGCUUCAUGAAAACGCCCAAUUCUCGAGGGCAGCCAUUAGCAAAGAGAAAUAGUCAGCAGGGCAAAGCUAAGAGCAAUAAGCCUGUAAUCCAUGUGACACUUUCACUCAAAGAAGAUGUUCAGCUGCGGGAAACUGAAAAUGCAUGGAAACCUGGACGGAUGAAGCCCACCAGUAUUGGUGAACAAGAUUCGAAGACUGAGGACCUGUACAGGAAGGUGCGUGGUGUGCUUAACAAGCUAACCCCUCAGAAAUUUCGAACGCUCGUAUCCCAGGUCCAGGCUUUGCCAAUUGACAGCAGUGAUCGGUUGAAGGGUGUCAUCAACCUUGUAUUUGAAAAGGCUGUCGAUGAACCAAACUUCUCUGAAGCAUAUGCACAGAUGUGCAAGGUUCUAUCAAGCAUGCAAGUUCCAGCAGAGCGUAGGAACAAGGAUGAGCAAGAAGUUACCUUCAGAAAGCUAUUGGUAAACAGAUGCCAGGCGGAAUUUGAAAAGAAUUCCGAAGCAGACUUGAAUCGAGAGGCCAAACGAGAAGAAAUUGAACAAACAACAGACCCAGAAAAGAAAAAGGAACUACAACUCAGUUAUGAAGAGGAGGAGCGAAGGAUACGAAUGAAAUCUGUAGGAAAUAUUAGGUUUAUUGGUGAGCUGUUUAAAUUAGGGAUGCUGACGACAAAUAUAAUGCAGCGGUGUAUUAGGCAUCUCCUUACAGAAGGAGAUGAGGAGUCAUUGGAGUGUUUAUGUAAACUGCUCACAACCAUUGGAAAGGAUUUGGAGAACAAGAACAACGAUCUGUCCGAGUACUUUAGUAAAAUGAAAGAGAUCUCUCAGAAGAGGGGAGAAGUCUCAAGUAGAGUUCGGUUUAUGCUACGGGAUGUAAUUGACCUACGGCAAAGCAAAUGGAUACCAAGAAGGAAUGAUUCAAACCCUAAGACUAUUGACCAAAUCCAAAAGGAAGCAGAAAAAGAAAGUUUGGAUCAGCAAUUACUACUGAAUUCUACACCCCAGCCUCCUCGCCUGCAAGAUGAUAGAGCUUUAUUAAACAGAAAGAACAGAGGAGUUGGUGGCACAAGUGAGGAUGGGUGGAACACAGUGGGCAUAACUGGCCGGCCAGCGAGGUACACGGUGGACACCACAAAAUUGAAGGUUGCCAAGGAGGAGUUUGGAAUUGUACUUGGAAAUGCUUUCCAGUACAGUAAUUGGAGUGGCGGUGCUAAUGCAAAGGGCAAGGAUGCAAACAAGAGAUCUGUGACAACAGGUAGUGGACCAACUUACAGCCCAAACUUUUAUGCAGCACUUGAUACUACCAAUGAAGAUGGAAAGAGGCCACCACCACCACCGCCUUCUUCAACCAGUUCUCGGCCUGGUCCAGGCAAGACAACACCUUCGCCGUCCAUGGAAAAAGAACGAAUGUUGGCAUCAUUCAAAACUCCAGCAGAAGGAGAUCGCCAGCAAUCCAGAAGUGGCACAUCAAGAUCGUCAUCUCGUGAUAACUCUGCUAGAAGAGGGGGUGAUGAGCCUUCUUCAUUACGACCCUUUGCCCCCUCUUCCCAGUCACCCUCAGUAUCAGCCAGUACUGAGGAUGUUAGUGGCAGUGAAGUAAUCAAGAAUCCUGAGGUUUCUGUGACAGGAUCCGUGCUUUCGCUUAGUGUAGAAGAGGUCCAGAAGAAGACACUUUCCCUCCUAGAAGAGUUCCUUCUUAAUAUUAAUUACAAGGAAAGCGAGACUUUUAUCUUGGAGACAUUUUCAACAGAGAACCUCAGCUUGUUUGUUCGCGAGAGCCUAAAUGAUAUGCUUGAGCGUACGUCCACUGCUAGGCAAAAUGUAGGGAAGUUGAUGAGUCAACUUGUGAAGGCUGAUGUCAUUACAAUUUCCGUGUACCUUUCUGGGUUAAAUCAAUUUUUAGAAUUUGCAGAUGACAUAGCUAUAGAUGUUCCAAAAUUUUGGCCAUACACGGCCGAGUUUAUAGUUCCAAUGUUGCUUUCUGAUGCAAUGUCAUUUGCUGAUUUUCGUGAAGUUGCUCAGCCAUCACAUGGCAAACUAAUCGUAGAGGUUCUCCAGCUACUAGUCAAAGAUAAGGGACCAGUAUGGAUCCAAGAAAAAUGGGAAGCAGCCAAGCUCGAGUGGACGGAUUGUAGUCUUGUGGAUAAGGUUGACAAAUUUGUUAAACAAAAUAUGUUGGAAUACAAAUCAGAUGGUGCAAUGUCAGCCCCAUCUUCUGCUUCCAGCACUCCGCUUAGCUGGAACAGUGUUCAACAAAAACUUGAGCAGUUCCUAAAACCGGAUAAGGCCUCACCCUCUUCCUUUGAUCAAAUCUGUGAUUGGAUAAGUGUAAACGUAGGUGACCGAGUAAAAGAGCCUCAGUUUAUUCGUGCCUUGAUGACUGCAAUCUGCCAAAGUGCAAUUGAAAGUCAGAAGACAACAUUGAAGCUAAAUGAGGAUCGUUUCCGGCAGAACCAAAAGCUGGUGCUGAAGUAUGUUGACAACAAAGAGGAACUAGAGCUGCAGUGCUUGUAUGCAGUUCAGUCCCUCAUUCACAAGCUGGAGCACCCACAAGGUUUACUAUGCCAGAUAUUCCAGGUGCUUUGGGAUGAUGGCACAAUAUCAGACGAUUCAUUUAUUGCUUGGGAAGCAAGUGCAGACCCAGCUGAACAGCCAGGUAAAGCUGUGGCAGUCAAAUCACUAACAACAUUCUUCACAGCCCUUGGUGAGGGUGAGGAGGAUAGCAGUUGUGAAGAGUCAUGAGCCAGGCUUCGUGUAGUACCUGGAACCAAUGUGUGAAAGAAAUGAGAGCCAGUGAUGCGCCUUAUAGCAGCCUUAUGUGGCCCACUGUUCUAUUGAUUGUGCAUCUCUUAUAGUCUCUUGACAUUCAUGCUGCUCAAGGUAAAGACUUGAGCUUGACUCAAAUGAUUCUUUCAGAACUAUAAAGGUGAAAGAGCAUAACAAAGAAGAUAAUGAAAAUUGUGUAUAAUACAAUUAAUAUUAUAUUAUUGCUUACUAUAUA